AUGGGUGCCUACAAAUAUUUGGAAGAAUUAUGGAGAAAGAAGCAAUCUGAUCUCAUGUCCUUCAUUUUGCGUCUUAGAACCUGGGAAUACAGACAAUUACCCGUCAUCCACAAGGCUUCUAGAUCCUCCAGACCCGACAAGGCUAGAAAGUUGGGUUACAAGAACAAGGAUGGUUACGCUAUCUGGAGAGUCAGAGUCAGAAGAGGUGGUAGAAAGAGACCUGUCUCCAAGGGUAUCGUUUACGGUAAGCCCUCCAGUGUUGGUAUCAACCAAUUGAAGUUCGCCAGAAACCUCAGAUCUUGCGCUGAAGAAAGAGUCGGUAAGAGAGUCCCUGAAUUAAGAGUCCUCAACUCUUACUGGGUUGGUCAAGACGGUACCUACAAGUUCUACGAAGUUAUCCUCGCUGAUCCCUCUCACAACGCCAUCAGAAACGACCCCAGAAUCAACUGGAUCUGUGAAUCUGCUCACAAGCACAGAGAAUUAAGAGGUCUUACCUCCGCUGGUAGAAAGGGUAGAGGUCUCAGAGUUAAGGGCCACAGAGCUAAAUCUCUCAGAACCUCCAGAAAGGGUAACUGGAGAGCUAGACAAAUGCUCAAGCUCAGAAGAUACCGUUGA